CUAGGGAGUGCCCUGGGCGCUAUCGCACCACAGCACCGUUACGCUGUUGCCGUCUGAGCCCAGGGACACCCGCACACCGUCUAGCUGCUUCAGUGCUAGCCCAGCCAUAAUUGGAACCAUUUGCACACGCUUUUCCCAAAAUGGCAUGGGGGCCAGAAGCAAAUUCAUGUGGGCGCUGGCUUCGCAGGUUGGCUUUCCGUUAGGGACCCGCUUCCCCGUUCAUUCCCCUGGCCAUCCCCCUUCCUCGGCCUGGCCUGCGAACGCAACGUGACGCUUCUUUCUGUUCUCACAAUCAUCCUCCUCCAACUUGUGGUGUUGUGAGACCCCAGGACGAACGACCUGACCUAUCUAUUUGCCGCCUACCUACCUUACCUACUCUCGUUUCCAAUUCUCACGCUCGUUCUACCCCGUCCGUUCGUUGCCGCCAUUCGUGACUUGCCCGUUGCUUUUGCUCCUUUUCUACCACCUUACUACCUUACUUACCACAACCUGUGUGGCUCUUUUAUCGGCUGCUCACCCGCCCGCAGUUCCUGUCUCUGAAUGCGCCGCCCAUCCCCGCGACGAUACCGGCUUGGACCUUGAAACGACAGCCCUCACCCGCCGCACCCCUCAAAAAUCUUGAUGUUGUUUCGAGAGAGGCAUCAGCACCUCGAGUUGCCGCUGGCUCACCCGCAUUUUUACAUUUGACGCUGCCUCUUUUUACGCGAGCCGACAAUCUUCCCGAUCGCGGUUCACCCUUCUCCAAGCCACCAAAUACUCGCGCAUCUUUUAGGUCGAUCCCGCAUGGUUCGAGUCGCACGCCACACUUCGUUUGCCGGUUGGGUGGUCUGAGUCGGCCAGAGUUGACCUCAUAGUUUAUGCGCCUUUAGCUCGACGUUUCGGUAUCCCAUCGACGCUGUUGCCCCUGACGUCUUGCCCAGGACCGAUCUUCAAACCCCAGGCAUCAGCGGAGGGUUGCGGUUGAGGAGGAACCCCCUCACUGGACCGCCACGCAUCGACCCAGCAGAUAUUUCGAAGCAAACACUACAACAACGUAUGAAUCAUCGUAGGAAAUAUUUUGCAUCGCGAACGGCAUCAUGGCGAACCGACCUGACUUUAUCGACGUGAGGUCGAAAUCCUCCGCUUCCGUUGGACGCCCGCUACGAUCCCCUCGUCUCCAUGUUGCGGGCGAAGCACCGCCGGAACUAUCACCUCUCGAUGCCUUCGCGCUACAAAGCCGUCUGCUGGCAAAGCAGCUGCAGGAAAGUCAAAAGUCUGGGCGACGCAUGAGUCGACUGCCACCGUUGACUACUGAAAGCCCGUUGAUCAUGCAGGGAAGGUCGGAGUAUUUUCGAUCCAUGUCCCACGAUUCUGCUUCCGAGGAAGAAUUCGCUGCGCAGCACAGCGCAGGCUCUGGAUUUAGACCAGAGGUGGAAACUGAUAUCAACAACCGGCCUGUUUCAGUGCAUCCCCGAAUGAGCCAUAUACCACCUACGCCUGAGCAGAAUGUCCCGGUACCAAAACUGCCGCCGACCUUUGACUCGCAGAAGGAGGCAGAUCAGGAGCAGGAACACGACCGCGAGAGCUUGUUCGGGGUCGGAGCUCGAAGGGAACAUUCACCAGGCCCAAUGGAUACUGCUGUUCCCCCUGCCCAACUGACGAGGACGGUAACGCAAGAGAGUAUACCUCUCCCAGCAUCGACACCUACUCGCUCGAUUACUAGCUCCCCCGAAAGAAUAUCCAAGACAACCUCCCAUGAAGCUGGGGGGCUUGUUCCUCCUCGGCCUCUAUUCACUAAGCGCUCUUCGAGUUUGAUGUCCUCUCAUGACAGUUCGGCCGACGAUGAAGGAUUGAGCACCCCGAUGAGCACAUCAUUUCACUCUCAGGGGUCUCGCAAGUUUUCUACCAGCAGCGGUGUUUUGUCGCCUGGGUUUGCCCCAUACCAGCGAUCACCUUCCAUCAGCUCGGAUAUUUCUGCUUUGCCGCGCCCGUCAUUCAAUUUCUCUAGACCACUCAGCAGAGCUGGGACACCAAGUCUGGAUCCACCAGCACGGCAGGCAUCAUCUGAUAGUCAUGCUUCGUUCAUGCUCACGACCGAUGAUGCAGCCCAUACGCCCAUCAGUAUGAGCAGCGAGGCACUCACCGAGUCUACGCCCAAAGAAGAUGUAUUUGUGCUGCCGCGAGGUAAGGCUUUGCAAAGGAACUCGGUUGCCCUGCCGGACAUGAAGGCCCCGGCGAGAUUUUCAUGGGAACAUCCUGUUGAAAACCAUGGACAACCACCACCAUCCCCACCUAGCAGGCCGGCAAGCAGGCCAACAAGUUCAACCGGCCCACCGAAUCCUCCUGAAGCCAACACUCGGCCGUCACACGAGCGUAGUAAGCUCAGCACUGAGAUUUUUAGAUCGGGACCAGAGCCAUUCCCACCUCUGGGCAGACCAUCGACAGAGAGUGCCCGUGUGUCUGGAGAGUCGCAACGAGGCCGUGCUCCCUUUGCCCAUCUACACGAUGCUGCUGCGGGGAGAUCGAUAAUGUCGAACAACACAAGCGAUUCGGCAAGCACAAUCAAGCCUGGACCUGCCACACCGGCUAACCAACCAACGAUGGCCGAUCUCACUGCGGAAGAACACGUUAACAAGGCCAUUGCUCUUCACCAGGAAGGUUCGCUGCCAGAGUCAGCGUGGCAUUUACGGCACGCAGCCAAGCAGGGUCACCCUACUGGCAUGCUGCUAUAUGCUUUGGCUUGUCGUCACGGCUGGGGCAUGCGACCGAACCCUCGGGAGGGAGUGGAGUGGCUUCGGAAAGCCAUGGAUUCGGCGAAUCUGGAAAUCAAGGAGGACGAGGAGCAUGCCAAGGAGGGCAAGCAUGUGGAUGUGAACGAGCGGAAGACACACCGUGCUCAGUUGGCGCUCAGUAUAUAUGAACUGGGUGUCAGUCAUAUGAACGGGUGGGGAAUUGAGCAGGAUAAGGUGUUGGCGUUGAAGUGUUUUGAAACUGCUGGAGCUUGGGGAGAUGUCGAUGCGCUUGCGGAGGCCGGGUUCUGCUAUGCUCAAGGCAUUGGCUGCAAGAAGAACCUGAAAAAGAGUGCCAAACUCUAUCGGGAGGCCGAGUCGAAGGGAAUGAGCAUGGUGGGCAAUAGCUGGAUUCACAAGCCAAAAUAUGCCGACGACCCUGAAAAGGACAAGAAGGACCGGGCAAAGUCGAAAUCUAGAAAGAGCAUCUUUAGCAGAAAGACGCAUUGAUCUCUUUGCUCGCCAUGCCAUGCCAACAAACAUUACUCUUCAAACCAGCAUAACCCAACGACCAACGACAACUCCCCUACCUAUAAAGGACGGCAUCUUUUUCUCAACACUUUACAUUUUUUCUUGGGGUCUUUUUCUUUGUUAGACAGUUUUUUUUUUUCAGUCAUCACCUAUUGUCAUCAUCAUCACUCAUACCCCUAUCAGCC